GCUUCCGUGCUCUCCAACGGCCUGUUUUUAUUCCCCCUUUCGUUCGCAUCUCUCCCUCAAACCCUAGAACUGCAUCACGAUCUAAUUCGAUAUUUUUUCUCGGUUUUGGAGCCCUAAUCCCAUCGAAAUCUCUCCGGUUUCUGCUAUAAUUCCAUCGAUCAGAAGCAGGGUAAAAGAGAAGAAUUGUUGUCAUGGGGAUCUUCGGAUUUCCCCUGGUCUUGUUGUUUGUAGUGCUAGUGGUGAACCCUGGUGAUGGAUUCUAUCUGCCCGGAAGUUACAUGCACACUUAUUCAGAGAAUGAGCCCAUCUCAAUCAAGGUGAACUCUCUCACCUCGAUUGAGACUGAGAUGCCCUUCAGCUAUUACAGCCUUCCUUACUGCCAGCCCCCUGAACCUGAAGGCAUCAAGAAAAGUGCUGAGAACCUAGGUGAGCUUCUCAUGGGUGACCUGAUUGAGAACUCCCCCUAUCGAUUCCAUAUGUAUGUCAAUGAGUCUCUUUACCUUUGCACCACACCUCCACUGAAUGAGCAUGAUGUCAAGCUCCUGAAGCAAAGGACUCGUGAUCUUUAUCAAGUCAAUAUGAUUCUUGACAAUCUCCCUGCCAUGCGAUACACUGAUCAGAAUGGGGUCAAGGUUCAGUGGACAGGGUACCCUGUUGGUUAUACUCCAAGUGGAAGCAAUGAUGAUUAUAUCAUUAAUCAUUUGAAGUUUAAGGUCUAUGUUCACAAGUAUGACGGUAGUGGUGUUCAGAUAAUUGGAACUGGAGAGGAUGGGGUGGGAGUUACUACUCUGAAUGAACAGAAGGCGAUGGCAGGGUAUGAGAUUGUCGGGCUUGAAGUCGUUCCAUGUAGUGUGAGGCGUGACCCGGAAACUUUUUCAAAGCUUAACAUGUAUGACAAGGUGGACCCUGUGAGCUGCCCAGAUCCUGAGAAGGCUCAGGUGAUUCGGGAGCAGGAGAAGGUUUCAUUUACAUACGAAGUGGAGUUUGUUAACAGUAAUAUUAGAUGGCCGUCACGAUGGGAUGCAUAUUUGAAGAUGGAUGGUGCAAGGGUUCACUGGUUUUCGAUUAUGAACUCUCUGAUGGUCAUCUUCUUUUUGGCCGGUAUUGUUUUUGUUAUAUUCUUGAGGACUGUAAGGAGGGAUUUGACGAGAUAUGAAGAACUUGAUAAAGAAGCACAGGCUCAGAUGAAUGAAGAGCUGUCUGGUUGGAAGCUUGUGGUUGGUGAUGUCUUCAGAGAACCUACUUGUUCGAAGUUGCUCUGCAUAAUGGUUGGAGAUGGUGUUCAGAUCACGGGGAUGGCUGUUGUCACCAUCGUAUUUGCUGCCCUAGGGUUUAUGUCUCCUGCAUCCCGGGGAAUGUUACUGACAGGAAUGAUUAUUCUCUAUCUAUUCCUUGGGAUAUUUGCUGGAUAUUUUGGAGUUCGCCUGUGGAGGACCAUAAAAGGUGGGUCAGAGGGGUGGACAUCUCUGUGUUGGUCAAUUGCUUGUUUCUUCCCUGGCGUUGUGUUUGCUAUCCUCACCAUUCUGAACUUCAUACUUUGGGGGAGCAGCAGCACAGGGGCUAUACCGAUCUCAUUAUUUUUUAUUCUGCUUUCAUUGUGGUUCUGCAUAUCAGUGCCACUUACUCUUUUAGGAGGUUUCAUGGGAACCAGGGCAGAGCAUAUACAAUUUCCUGUCCGUACUAAUCAGAUCCCUAGGGAAAUUCCUGCAAGGAAAUAUCCUUCAUGGUUGCUUGUCCUCGGUGCUGGAACUUUGCCUUUUGGUACUCUUUUCAUUGAGCUCUUCUUUAUCCUGUCCAGCAUCUGGCUUGGUAGGUUCUAUUAUGUCUUCGGAUUCCUACUUGUUGUCCUGCUCUUGCUUGUGAUUGUCUGUGCCGAAGUGUCUGUGGUUCUGACCUACAUGCAUCUCUGCGUUGAGGACUGGAGGUGGUGGUGGAAAGCUUUCUUUGCUUCUGGUUCAGUUGCGCUCUAUGUGUUCCUGUACUCCAUCAACUACCUGGUAUUUGAUCUGCGGAGCUUAAGUGGGCCUGUUUCUGCUAUAUUGUAUUUGGGCUAUUCUUCAAUCAUGGCUUUUGCUAUCAUGUUGUCAACCGGCACGAUUGGCUUCCUGAUGUCAUUCUACUUUGUGCAUUACCUUUUUUCAUCUGUGAAGAUUGAUUGAACAUUUAUGCUCGUCCUUCGUCAAGCUCAACCAUUUCAUCGGUUGCAAACUAUGCCUGGCUGUUUGGUUAAGUCAAUUGUAAUGCUCAAGUUACUCACCUUAAGCAACAAGUGGUUCAAAACCUUUUUUUGACAGAAUGAAAUAUCCUUGAAUACUAUCCAAAGACAAUCCUUUGCUCUCUGUCAUUAUGUUAUUUAGUUGAGUUUGUUAGUUCUGUACUGAAUCUUUUUGAUGACUUCUUGGAUUCUAUCGUGUAGUUGAAUUUCAUCAGUCAAGCCUCACUUGGCUUGAUGAUAUACGGUUUUAGACUGCCUAUUUGUUGGAUGC